AGCGGCGCGGCUGAUGGGGAAGAUGGCGCCCGGAGUGGAGAAGAAGCUGCUGGGAGCCGCUGGAGAACCGAUGGAGAACAACGGAGAGGAGGACGAGGGACAGAACCUGUGGUCUUCAAUCCUCAGUGAAGUUUCCACGCGUUCCAGUUCCAAAUUGCCAUCGGGAAAAAAUAUACUGGUGUUCGGUGAGGAUGGAUCGGGGAAGACGACGCUCAUGGCGAAGCUCCAGGGAGCCGAGCACAAUAAAAAAGGGCGAGGGCUCGAGUACCUGUACCUGAGCGUCCACGACGAAGACCGAGACGACCUGACGCGCUGUAACGUGUGGAUCCUGGACGGAGAUCUGUACCACAAAGGCCUGCUGAAGUUCGCCGUGUCGGCCGAGACGCUGAAGGACAGCCUGGCCGUGUUCGUGGUGGACAUGUCCCGGCCGUGGACCAUCAUGGAGUCCCUGCAGAAGUGGACGAGCGUCCUGCGGGAACACGUGGACAAGCUGAGGAUCCCGCCUGAGGACAUGAGGGAGAUGGAGCAGAGGAUGGUGAAGGCCUUCCAGGAGUACGCAGAGCCGGAGGAUGCGGUGCCCUCUUCACCCCAGAGACGAGUCCCUCCAGCUGGGGGAGAUGACGAGGGGGUUCUGCUGCCCCUCGGAGAGAACGUCCUCACGCACAACCUCGGCAUUCCUGUACUGAUAGUUUGCACAAAGUGUGAUGCAGUCACUGUGCUGGAGAAGGAUCACGACUACAAAGAGGAGCAUUUUGACUUCAUUCAGUCCCACAUGAGGCGAUUCUGCCUACAGUAUGGAGCUGCCUUGAUCUACACCUCCGUAAAGGAGGAGAAGAACCUGGACCUCUUGUACAAAUACAUAGUGCACAAAAUGUACGAUUUCCACUUCACCACGCCGGCCUUAGUGGUGGAGAAGGACGCCGUGUUCAUUCCGUCUGGAUGGGACAACGAGAAGAAAAUUGCUAUUUUGCACGAAAAUUUUACAACAGUUAGACCAGAAGAUCCCUUUGAGGAUUUCAUCAUGAAACCUCCAGUGAGGAAGCUGGUGCACGAUAAAGAGAUCAACGCUGAGGAUGAGCAGGUGUUUCUCAUGAAGCAGCAGUCGUUGUUAGCCAAGCAGCCAGCCGCUCCAACAAGAGGAACAGAGUCUCCAGCGCGGACCGCGUCCGGAUCCCCUCGGCCUACGGGACGCGCCGGACCUACAAACGUGGCGAGUGUGUCGCCCAUGACGACAGUGAAGAAACCCGACCCCAACAUGAAGGGUGCUGCUGCGAACGAGGGCGUCCUGGCAAACUUCUUCAACAGUCUACUGAGUAAAAAGACCGGCUCGCCAGGGAGCCCCGGGGCCGCAGGGGCCGCAGUGCAGGGGUCCGCAAAGAAAACAGGGCAGAAGCCGGCUUUGACUGACGUCCAGGCAGAGCUGGACCGAAUGACGCAGAAGCCGGACUCCACGCUAAAGGCCAACAACAGCACCCCCGCCGCGGAGAACGAGGCGUGAGCUCCACCGAGAAUAAACGACAACAAAACACUCUGGAAAAACAAAACCAUGCUUAUAGAACAUAAAGAGAACUGUAAUGACCAAACCCCCCCCCACCCCCCACCCCCAACCCCCCCGCUCGUUCAGCACGCUGGGAUGGCAUCAGGUGUUUGGGGGCGGGGCAAACAGAUCUGAAUACUACACUUGUUUAUUUCCAAACAUUUUUUGUGGUCAUUUUUUUUGUCGAGGCAGGCGUGGCGGGUUAAAACGAUGCAUGUGCACACACAUUGAUUACCCCCCCCCCCCCCCCCUUCCCCCAUCUUCAUCCUCCUCCUCCUCCUCCCAGCCAACAUGCUGAGACGUGCUGCUGAUUGUUCUGCUUUACCUGAUGGAGGAUCGCUGUGGCUUCAGCUGCUUUAAAAAAGGCGAAAUGUAUUCAGUUCAAAAUGAAAUCCUUGCAGGAAGUUAGUAGUUUGUAAAGAAUUCGCUGCGAUUUUGAUGUAUUUAUACGAAAUCGAAGCUUCGGAGCGGAAUUCUCAUCUAUCAGACGUUUAGCUUCUUCGCUAACGUUGCUAACACCACCACUGACGUCAUGACACUAAACGACCGAAUUAAAAGAAAAAAAAAAAAAGUAAAAAAAAAAUAAUAGUAGUUAAAUGAAUAUGUUUUAAAAAUAAAUAAAUAAAUAAAAACCGAACCCCUGCUGGCCUUUGAAGCGCGGACGCUCGCCGCCUCGGCGGAUUCUGUAAAUAUGCACAAAGAGCUGCUGAGCGAGCGCCAGCUGGAGUUUUUGUAUAAAAGUCAGUUAUUUUAAGAAAUUAUGAAGAAAUUGUUGUGGUGAGAUGGAAGUGUGGGCAGGUGUCGGAGCGCAGAGCUUUUCCGCUUUUCCGCUUUUGUGGCUACAGUUGUUUCUGGGAGAAAAAAGGGGCGGGGCAGCAUUUUUCCUGAAAAGUAAAAUAAAAAAAAAAAAAAAAGAUCCGAAAACUCCCAAGUGCCUGGCACAGCCGCGCCUGUGUCUCCGGAAGAGGAAUUGCACUGUAGCACCAACGGUCAAAGGUUUCCUUUCUGUCCGUCUCGUUUUCUUUUCUUUGUUUCGCCGUUUGUUUUUUUUUUUUGUUGUUUUUGUUUUGAUUUGUUGUUUUGUUGGGGUUUUUUUUUGGCCAAGCUUUUAGUAUUUAUUUAUUUUUUGUUAUGAUUUUUUUCCUUGUGUCCUGUUUCAGGUAUUUAUUUGAUUUACUUUUGUUUUUCUACUAAUCUGCUUUUAGCUGCCGCUCGUUUCUCCUGACGCUUUUCUUUGCUGACUUUUGUGGCCUAGAUCAUUUUUUCCAGCCAAGCAGUAGAGAAGCUGCCUUUUAUUUUAUAUCUGAGUAUAAAUGUAUAAAACGCUUGUUUUUUGCAAACCUGUGUCUGAAAUUGACCUGGAUGGCCCAGACCACUAAUACCGCCCCCCCCCCCCCCACACACACACCCCUCCCCCCCUCGUCACCCGUCCCAGUCCGAGCGGCUCGAAUGUCCAGUCGUUUCUUUCUUGUUUUUAUAGAUUGAGAUUGUCUUGCCGUGUAAAACAUUCCUGAAACGUUCGCAGUGAAGCUGUAGAGGAGCGUCCCUCCAGGAAGCGCGUUACUCGACCCGCCUCGGCGCCCAGCGCCGCUCUGCCUUCAGUGUAGCAGCCCUGCGCCAGCCUGUGCCGGCCUUCACGCUCUCUGCUCAUGUUACUGCAUCAAACCCACUGAAUUCAUGUAAAUGUCUGGGAGUUUCUGGGAGAAGAGGCAGAACAGAUUUAGAAAACUAGCAGCUCUUUAGAUGUUUUGACGGAUCAGCCGAAGACGUGACUUUAGUCCUGUGGGUUUUUUCUUUCGCUCUAAUUCAGUUUCAGCGUCCGUGACGAUGUUAGAGGGAGAAAAAGAAAUAAAGGGUGUUAAACGGAGCAGCUAAGGCGGCUUCUGGACGACGGCGGCCGCUUCAGGAAACGAAAACAAACAAAAAAAAAAACAGAAAAAGGAAAAAGCAGAUUUGGAACCAGGAACCAAAGAAUCCGAAUGUUGAGUGUUUAUAUGGAGUCGCGUCACAAAUCGUGUCCCGGGUCAGCAAACCUGGAGAAGCCAUUCAUUCCAGAGCUUCCUCUGCCCGCUGAGGUGGUCUGCGUUUGCUCUGGUCGAAUGUUCUGGUGGUAGAGCUGCGCCGUACGCACCAAAUGCCAGCAUGGCCAUGACGCCGACUGUGCUCUGUGACCGGGGGGCUCCGCCGGCGGUUCAGAGUUCCUCUGUAAUCCAGUGUGUGAGCUGUAAACGCAGAGGAGGGGUCUGCUGUGGAAUGGUCAGUGGUGGUGAUGGGAACCAGGUGGAUCUUGUGGUAGAAGUUAAUGCCGAGCUAAUGUGGCUCAUUUCUGUGUCCAUGACGGUUCAAACUUGAUGCAAAGGGCGGAGUUUAUAGAAAAACAGGGUGGUUUCCAUGACAGCGGCAGUGUGCAGUGGUGAAGAUGGUCAAAUUGUGAUGAGUUUAAAAUAAAGUAAAUAAAAAGCCGGCUGGCCUUUAACGCACGCUGACCGCCCCAGUGGACCCUGUCCACUAUACGAGCUUUAGUUCAGCUUCUUUGUGUAAAAGUCAAAAUAUUUUAACAGAUUAUGAAGAAAUUGUUGUGGUGAGACGGAAGUGUUGGCGGGAGUCGGAGCGCAGAGCUUUUCCACUUUCCGUUUUUUUGUGGCUGUGGUUGCUUUUGAGGAAAAAAGGGGGCGGGGCAGCAUUUUUCCUGAAAAAUAAUAUUUAAGAAAAUGAUCGGAAAACUCCCAAGCAGCCUCGAUAUUUAAUGUUAUGGAUGGUAAACUAGUGCUAAAUCUGAAGAAGCGUUUAGAGGGGGACGCCUGGUUCCCAUCACCACCACUGUGAACGGCUCUGACCUGCUCUGUUUACAUCUUAACCAUUUUAUUAUGUGGGAAUUUUAAAAUAUUGGUGGAGUUCCCCUUUAAGAGCACUUUGGUGUAUUACUAUGUCAGGAUUGAGAAUCUGCCUUGUUGUAACCAAAACAAAAUAGCGUGAUUGGUCAGGAUGCUCAUAGCACACUGUGAUUGGCUAGAGGGCUCAUGCUCAUUUGCAUAUCACAAAUGCCAAUAUUAUGGUAUCAAUUGACAAAAUAUUGCGCAGCCCUGUUUGUUGGUUUAUGACCUCCUUGCUUUGUUUUUUCAGUUCUUUAAGGGAAAAGACCACCCGGUGUGCAGAGUCUACUUCUUUUUUUUAAUGAACUGUAUGGAAAGAGUCUCCUACCAACCAAACGGAGGGACUCAUUUGCAUACUGAAUCUACAUAUGAUGCAUAUGAAUUAGCGUCUUUGCUGGGCAGGGCUAUUCGCCGAUAGUCAAGCCCAAUAUUGUCAAUAUCGUGAGUAAGUCUGGACUAUUUACCUCCAGUUCUAGUAGUUAAGCGCUUCCGCCAGUAAAUCUGUGUAAUGACCGUCUCACCGCCGCCUCCGACGAUCCAUCCAGGUGAGCUUCACUCGAGUUUACCUGAAAUGCACUUCAGUAUCUUCACAUUCGCUCCAUCUGCAGAUCUGUCUUAAUCUUUGCGCAGUUGUGGGAUUAAAGCGAGACGCCGCGGUCUUGAAGCUGUUUUGUUGGACUGUUAUGGCCAUUUAUUUGAUAAAUUUCCUUUUUUUUUUUUAAAGAAAUCCAAAAUUUUAAGCAAACAAACGAGGCACCAGAACUGCCACGCUGGCUCCGCGCUGGAAGCUGCUUCAAAGCUUCUGCAGCAGCCUUUGCUGGACACAUCUGGCCUCCCUGUGGAGAUGAAGUAACAGAUGAAAGCGUCCGAGUCUGGCCACCAAAAAGCAAUAUUUCUGGCCUGGACAUCUAAGGAAGCGACUCGAUUUGCACUUGUUUGGGUUUCAGUGGUUGGCGCAGGACCGUUGUGAUGGACAGAGCUUUUUUUUUUUUUUGUAGAUAUUUUACUCAACCUGAGCUAAAACUUGACAGCUGCGCUUAAAACCCCCUAAAAUACACUUGCCCUGUUUGUAAGGAAGCAAAAGCUCCAGUAAGCUUCUGCCCUCCGCCCUGUGUGGAGUUUAGACACGGUCCACGUGAGAAAGGCCUGUUUGUUCGCACAUAUUCAGCUCCGUCUGACUGUCUGGCUUUAACCUGAUGCAGUAAACGCGAUUGUGUGGAAUCUCGCUUUUAGUGCCGGCAAAGAAAUAAAGAAAAACUGUCUUUUUUCAAACUUUGCUUCAAUAAAACACAAAUCCAGACUCCA